CGGAGACGCUGACAGAGGAGGAAGAGGAGGAGGAGGAGGAGAGCGCGCGCCGAUGUGGAGGCCGAGCCGCCGGUGCUGUAGCAGGAUGCAGUAAGACACCGCACCGAUCACAAAGGGGUGGAGACUCUCACCUGGCCACGGCCCCUGAUCUUCCCCAUAAUUCCAGAAGAUGUACAGCGGUGCGGCGCGAGGCGUCAGCCAUAUUGAGGGCAGCCCAGCUCGUUCACCCCGCCUGCCCCGAUCGCCCCGUCUGGGACACCGCAGGGUAACCGGUGCCAGCUCGGGCGCCAAGACCCUGUCCAUGGAGAACAUCCAGUCACUAAACGCCGCCUACGCUACGUCAGGCCCCAUGUAUCUGAGCGAGCACGACGCCGUGGGCUCCACCGCAACCUACCCCAGAGGCACCAUGACGCUGGGACGCGGAGCCAGCCGGGCCGUCUACGGCGGCCGCGUCACAGCCAUGGGCAGCAGUCCUAAUAUUGCGUCCGUAGGCCUGGGACCUCACGCCGACCUCCUGUCUUACGGUGAACUGGGCUCCCUGGGCUCGCUGGCUCUGCAGCAUCACCAGCAGGGGGCGCUUCACGCACAGCUCCGGGACAUGCAGCGCGAGAACGAGAUCCUGCGCCGAGAGCUGGAGCUCAAGGAGAGCAAGCUGGGCUCGUCGGCGAACAGCAUCAAGAGCUUCUGGAGCCCUGAGCUAAAGAAGGAGCGCGGGAUGAGGAAGGAGGAGGCGGCGCGCACCUCUGUGCUGAAGGAGCAGAUGAGGGUGACCCAUGAGGAGAAUCAGGUCAGCGGCGUUUGGCAUCUACAGAUGACCAUCCAGGCUCUUCAGGAUGAGCUGAGGACCCAGCGUGACCUGAACCACCUCCUGCAGCAGGAAAGCAACUCCAGACCCGCCGGAGCCGAGCACUUCACCACCAUCGAGCUGACCGAGGAGAACUUCCGCCGCCUGCAGGCCGAACACGACCGCCAGGCCAAGGAGCUCUUCCUGCUGAGGAAGACGCUGGAGGAGAUGGAGCUGAGGAUCGAGACGCAGAAGCAGACCCUGGGCGCCAGGGACGAGUCCAUCAAGAAGCUGCUGGAGAUGCUGCAGAGCAAAGGGCUCCCCCCUGUGACAGGGAGAGCUUCUGAAGAGGAGGAGCAGGACAGGGCGCGGCGGAUCGCAGAGGCCGAGGCUCAGCUCGGGCACCUGGAGGUCAUACUGGACCAGAAGGAGAAGGAGAACCUUCACCUGAGAGAGGAGCUCCACCGGAGAAACCAGCUGCACCAGGACCCGAGCAAGACCAAAGCCCUGCAAACCAUCAUAGAGAUGAAGGACACAAAGAUCGCGUCCCUGGAGCGGAACAUCCGAGACCUGGAGGACGAGAUUCAGAUGCUGAAGGCCAACGGCCUGCUGAGCACCGAGGACCGCGAGGAGGAGAUCAAACAGAUGGAGGUUUACAAGAACCACUCCAAAUUCAUGAAGAGCAAGAUCGAUCAGUUGAAGCAGGAGCUGUCGAAGAAGGAGUCGGAGCUGCUGGCUCUCCAGACGAAGCUCGAGACUCUGAACAAUCAGAACUCAGACUGCAAGCAGCACAUCGAGGUUCUCAAGGAGUCUCUGACGGCCAAAGAGCAGCGAGCUGCUAUCCUGCAGACUGAGGUGGAUGCCCUGCGGCUGCGCCUCGAGGAGAAGGAGUCCUUCCUCAAUAAGAAGAGCAAGCAGCUGCAGGACCUGACCGAGGAGAAAGGCACGCUUGCUGGGGAGAUCCGGGACAUGAAGGACAUGCUGGAGGUCAAAGAGCGCAAGAUCAAUGUGCUGCAGAAGAAGAUUGAGAAUCUGCAGGAACAGCUGAGAGAUAAAGAUAAACAGCUGGGAAACCUGAAAGACCGGGUGAAGUCUCUGCAGACCGACUCGACUAACACAGACACGGCCCUUGCCACGCUUGAGGAGGCGCUGUCUGAGAAGGAGCGAAUCAUCGAGCGUCUGAAGGAGCAGAGAGAGCGGGAGGACCGGGAGCGCAUGGAUGAGCUCGACUCGUACAAGAAAGAGAACAAGGAGCUGAAGGAGAAGGUCGGCAAUCUGCAGGUGGAGCUCACAGAGAAAGAGUCGAAUUUAUUAGACCUGAAAGAACACGCCUCUUCUUUGGCCUCGUCCGGCCUGAAGAAAGACUCCAAGCUGAAAUCUUUGGAGAUCGCCAUCGAGCAGAAGAAAGAGGAGUGCAGUAAGCUGGAGACGCAGCUGCAGAAGCAAGCCGAGCAGCUGUUCAAUCAGAUGAACAACCCUAAGGCCCACGAGGUGGAGGUCCAGCAGGGUUCUCGGGGAAACCCGGACUACAUGGAGCGCGUGAAGCUCCUCGAGAAGGAAGUGGCGUUCUACAAGGAUGAGUCAGGGAAAGCGCAGACAGAGGUAGAGAGGCUGCUGGAUAUCCUCCGUGACGUGGAGACCGAGAGGAACGACAAGGACAAGAAGAUUGCUGAGCUGGAGAGAGCCCCUGCUGACUCCGCCCCCUCAGUGUCCGCUGCCCCCCAGCAGAUUGGGGGCAUGGUGUGGGACUUCCUGGGAAAUCUUGCACCAAGGCAAGGCAAAGAUCAGAACAAAAAGGGGCCUGGGAUGAAGCUUGUUCAGCAAGGAGAGAAAAAGGGCAGCAGUAUCCUACCAGACCCCCGCAAGGAUAACCCCAUGGACAACGCCAAGAUGGAGGAGUUAAUGACGGUCCUGGAGAAGACAAGGCAGGAGCUCGAAGCCACUAAGCAGCGCUUGUCCUCGACCCAGCAGUCUUUGGCUGAGAGGGAUGGCCAUCUGACCAACCUCAGGCAGGAGAGACGCAAACAGCUGGAGGAAAUUCUGGAGAUGAAGCAGCAGGCUCUGCUGGCUGCCAUCAGUGAGAAGGAUGCCAACAUCGCCCUACUAGAGCUUUCAUCUUCUAAUAAAAAGAAAACCCAAGAUGAGGUGAUGUCAUUAAAGCGUGAGAAGGAUAGACUCAUGCAGCAACUCAAGCAGCAGACCCAGAGCAGAAUGAAACUGAUGGCGGACAACUAUGAAGACGACCACUACCACCCUCAUGGCCCCCCACACCACCUCCAACCUGGGCCACCGCACCCCCAUGCCCACCCCCAGGCUCUGCCUCCUGCCCAGGGUCAGCCUCUGUAUCCACAUGCCCCCCUACCUCAACCACAAGCCCCUUACCCACACACCCUACAUGCCCAACAUCCACAACCCCUACCUCCACACCCUCAUCCUCAACAGACCCCUCAUCCUCAGUACCUCCAACACCCCCAACAACCUGGCCCUCACCAACACCCACCCAGGCCCCAACAACCCCACCCUCAGCACCCGCACACCGGUGCCCCUCCUCAGCAACAUCCUCAGCACCCUCAACACGGGCCACCCCCACAACAAGGACCCCAUCCUCAACACCCUCAACACCCCCAACACCCUCAACACCCUCAACACCCUCAACACCCCCAACACCCUCAACAUCCCCAACACCCCCACCACCCUCCUCAUGCGGCUCCACACGGGCCGCACCCUCGACAUCCAGCCCCGCACCACCGUGCCCCUGCCCGGGGGCCACCCCAUGCAGGACACAGACCCACCCCAGAUCCGGAUGACGAGGAGGGCAUUUGGGCAUAACCAUUUCCAAACCAAAGCAGUGCUCAUCUUUUAUACGAUGAAAGUUGGAGGUGCAUAGCCAUGUCAUACCGAUAACACUAUCCAUUAUCCACUUGGCCGGACUUUAUCUACUAUCAGACCAAUGCUUCAGCAGGGGAACUUCACACUGGGGAGAGGAGCAGGAAGGGUGUGAGUGUGUGAAGCCAGUGUGCAGACUCACACCUGAGCAGAUGGGAGGAGAGAUCAGUACGGGAGAUUUGCAGGUUUGGAUUUUGGAGAGACAAAUGCUGAUGGAACACCAGGCCAAACACCAUUUUGAAGGACCUUUCUUAAGCAUGAUGUCCUCUCAUGCAGUGGACCUGCUUUCAUCGCUCUUACCUGCUUGACUCCAGCCGCUCAUAUCUGACUCUGCCUGCUGCCACGCCCCCUAUUGGACUCAGCUGCUGAGCCUGGACGAUGGGUCCCGCCAAUCACAAACAAAAUCUAUCAUUUCACGCCUCUACUUUAACUGCCAACUUUGAAAACAAUGUUUGACAUUGUUUAAAAAAUAAUCCAUUG